AUAUCAGAAGCCACUGGUGUCAGAAGAGGAUGCUGCCCUUCUUAGCUCAGAGGGCGGCACUCGGCGAAGCUCUGUUGAACCUGCUCCUGUAUCUGAGCAUUUUCAUCCCAUUCUUGGCACUGGCUUGGACACUUUAUUACCAUGUCACCAGGACCCACAUACCUCCAGGAAUCAGCCAGGGUGCAAAACUACAUGUUAUGACUCUUUUUGGGAAUCUUAUGUUUGGGCUGGACUUGGACUCCAAUGUUACAGCAGUUGAAUCAUAUGAGGUCUCCAGAACACAGCCUUGUCCUGAUUUUUUGGAUGAGUUUCAGUUGGUGCAGCUCGAGGACGUUGACAAGGUGCUUGGACAGGCACUGUUUCUGGAGAAAGUUGGCAUCUGCCAUAAGUAUGUCAUCUGGAGGCUUGUGAUGAAUGGAAUACUACCUAGGGAGGACUCAAAGUUGAUCAUCAAGGAUCUGCUUUUUGAUGGGAUUCCAGUAAGAAUAUAUUGGCCUAAGGCAUCACCUGCUAGAAACGGGAGAGGAAUGCUCUAUCUCCAUGGAGGAGCUGGCUUAUUUGGAAGCAUCCGCGCAUAUGAAAGGGUGUGCCGCUACAUUGCCCGAGAGAGUGACACCGUGGUUGUGAGUGUUGAAUUCCGUUUAGCUCCUGAGCAUCGGCACCCAGUCCCAUUACUCGACUGCUGCACUGCUGCAAUACACUUUUUGAAGAAUGCAAAGGAAUAUGGAGUGGACCCCAACCGCAUUGCCAUUGGUGGGGACAGUAGCGGAGGAACAUUUGCUGCUGUUGUUUGUCAAGAGCUGGUGACCAGAGUGGACCUUCCAAGAAUGCGAGCACAGAUCAUGGUCUACCCCUUCCUGCAAGCAGUGGACUUCAAUUUGCCUUCCCAUCAGCAAAACCGUUCAGUUCCCAUGUUGUUCAGGAAACGGGCUAUCCAAUUUGGUUUCGCAUAUCUCACUGGGAAGACUAUCAAUGUGGAAGGGAUUCUAGAGAAUGCCCAUGUUCCUAGGGAUAUGUGGGUGAAGUACAGAAAAUGGAUUAGUGCCGAUAACCUUCCAGAAGAAUUUAAGGCCAGGGGCUAUGUCUCAAAAGUGCCUGUUUCAUUUUCACAAAAGCUUUAUGAACUUGUCAAACCGGCUUUUGACCCAAGGUUCUCCCCACUUUUGGCAGAAGAUGCGAUUAUCUGCCAGCUCCCCGAGACAUUCAUUCUGACCUGUGAGCAUGAUGUUCUGCGGGACGAUGGUCUGUUGUACAAGAAGCGGCUAGAGGACAAUGGUGUGCCAGUGACAUGGCAUCAUGUUCAGGAUGGGUUCCAUGGAGUAGCAAUCUUCAUUGAUUAUGUGCUACUUGAAUUUCCAGGCACACGGGACUGUAUGGAGCAUGUAGCACAGUUCUUAAAAGGGCUGUAGAGAUAAAUGACCCACUUUCAUUAGCAGUGCUAGUCUUCCACUUCAGUGGAGGGAUAUAUUACUCCGAUAUGAAUAACUUGAACAGUCUCAAAGAAAGGGCUGUCUUCAGUGUUAGCCCCGCUCAGAGCAGAGCCACUGAAAUGAAUGAACACAGCAAACCUAUGUACAUUAAUUUCAACUUACUCGGAUACAACCCAAAUCCUUUCUCUCUCUCAAGGAUGAAUGAACUCGUGGCAGUCUUUACGUUCUUGGACUACUACUCCCAUCAGUCCUGACAGUUGGCCAUGGUGGCUGAGGAUGUUGGGAGUUGGAGGGCCCAGAGCUUGGAAAAGUUACUUUUUUGAACUACAACUCCCAUCAGCCCCAGCCAGUAGGGCCACUGGAUUGGGCUGGUGGGAGUUGUAGUUCAAAAAAGUAACUUUUCCAAGCUCUGGGAGGGCCACAAGUUCCCCAUCUCUAAAUACUGUGUAAAUGUUGAUAUUCAAUUACGAACAUGCUUUAUAACAGUUCUUAAUAAAGCAACACUAACAUGGUCAA